UGUCUCGGUGUGUCCAGAAAGCUGCUAAUGCCCCUCCCUACCCACCAAGACCAGCCGGUCUUCCCCAGUACCUAAGAUACUUCCUCUUCCCCGUCCCUCCCAGAUGUAGGACUAACCUAGGCCCUGCCCACCUCCCACAGGUCCAGAGCAGUUUUUGCCCCAGGCAGAGCAGUGGGUAUGCAUCCCCUAGGGGCCUCAGGUGCACGUUUGGAACUACAGGGGAAGAGGGGAAGAGGGUAUGCCAGAAAGAAAAAAGAGGGAUUGGGAAAUCUCAGAAAUGAGGAUGGGGGAGGGUGCACGUGGCAAUUGAAGCCUAAGUGACUCAAGUCUUGACACUUGGGGUGGGGGGGCAGCCACAGCAGCCAUUUCCGUCUACUCCAGGCACAGCCAUUCUAUGAGAGGAAGCUGGGGUUUCUAGUUCCUGUUUUGCCUGGGGACAAGGAGGAGAGAAGAGGGGGCUAGCUGGAGCUCUGAAGUGUCAAUGUUUCCCUAAGGGGACAAAUGAGCUGGGUGGGUGGUUCCAAUACUCAUCCCCACAUCUUUGAUUAUUGUAAAACAGAAUUUAGUUAACUUUGUAGUGUGGUUAUUUGGUUCGGCCUCCUUCUGUGAGUUACUUGAGGGCCGAAGCACUGCUGUAUUUCUAGAGCCCUGCGUGGGUAGUUCCCGGUUCUCACUGGUUGAAUGAUCUGGGAAACACACCGCAGGGAAAUAUUUCAAACAGCACUCUGAAGGCCUGAUGGUGGGCUGACAGAGUUGGGCAUGGGCUGUUGGAAGCCGUAGCAGUUUAGGGGAAGGUGAUGGUGAAGAAGAGUCAAGAUGCUGCCUUACAACUUCCAGAAGCCGGAACCAGUCCAGUCAGUCUGUGGGCAGGCGGCCAUAUUUGUUUCUGGCAAGAGAAGAUAGUGGGAGAGGAGCUGAAGCCGCAAUACGCCGUGACUAGUGUUCGCAGGAUACAGUCACAGCCUCGGGAGUUGCAAAUCAAAGCUCUACUUUACUGCUCCUCUCGCUCGAGUGUAAAAUCAGUAGUUGGCUUGGCCUCUCCCUUUCUAGUGCCCCAAAACUGAGAAAGUCCAAAGCAAAAAGAGCACACGGAAGUGUGUGGGGGGGGGAGGAGGAUCUCCAGUCACGUGAUGGGGGAUCAGCGUGUGUCCGUCACAUGACGGAAGACUUGCUGCUACCUGGCUCGGAAUGCUCAGCUGCCCUUAAAGGUACAGAUCCUAAGGGCCCUCGGUUUUAAAGGGGGCGGGAGCAGAUUCCGCCCGGUGGGGCGUUGUAGGGCUGGAGGGUGCUAACCGGAGUUCCGGGCUCCACUGAUGGAUCGCCCGGCGCGAGUGCGGCAGACUGCUGGCAGACCGGCCAUGAGACGUUGACCCUUCCCACCUGCCGUAGACUCUGGUCCGCCCCGUCGGAGCCAAUUUUGAACAUUCACUGGUUCUGGACUCCUUGAGGGACCUGAACUGGAUGCUAUGGGAUGCUGUGCGGGCUCGCGGCCACACCUUUCGGAUUCUGAGGGGGAGGAGGUCGUCCCAGAGGCCCGAGCCGCUCUGUUGGAGCAUCGGGGUGCCCAGUGGAAGAACGUGGUGGGCUUCUGGAUCCUGGGCCUUUGCAACAACUUCUCUUAUGUGGUGAUGCUCAGUGCUGCCCAUGACAUCCUUAGACAAGAGAGGGCAUCUGGGAAUCAGAGCCAUGUGGACCCAGGUCCAACGCCUGUCCCUGGCAACAGCUCAUCUCGAUUUGACUGCAACUCUGUCUCCACAGCUGCGGUGCUGCUGGCAGACAUCCUCCCCACCCUCGUCAUCAAGUUGCUGGCUCCUCUGGGCCUUCAUCUACUGCCCUAUAGCCCUCGGGUUACCAUCAGCGCAGUGUGUUCUGCGGGAAGCUUCCUCCUGGUUGCCUUUUCACGCUCAGUGGGGACCAGCCUGUGUGGUGUGGUCCUGGCCAGCAUUUCAUCAGGUCUGGGGGAGGUCACCUUCCUCUCACUCACCGCCUCCUACCCCAGGGCUGUGAUCUCCUGGUGGUCCUCAGGCACUGGGGGAGCAGGGUUGCUGGGAGCGUUAUCCUACCUGGGCCUCACCCAGGCUGGCCUCUCCCCUCAGCAUACGCUGCUGUCCAUGCUGGGGAUCCCCAGCCUACUGCUGGCCAGCUAUUUCUUGUUGCUCACAUCUCCCGAGCCCCAGGACCCCGGUGGGGAAGAUGAGGCAGAGACCUCAGCCCGGCAGCCCCUCAUCAGCACAGAGGCUCCAGAGCUGAAGCCAGGUGCCAGCUGGAACCUCUCCCUCCAGGAAAGGUGGAUAGUGUUCAAGGGCCUGCUGUGCUACAUCGUCCCCUUGGUGCUGGUCUACUUCGCUGAGUACUUCAUCAACCAGGGGCUCUUUGAGCUCCUGUUCUUCCGGAACACAUCCCUGAGUCAUGCUCAGCAGUACCGCUGGUACCAGAUGCUAUACCAGGCCGGUGUCUUUGUCUCUCGCUCUUCUCUCCGCUGCUGUCGCAUCCGCUGCACCUGGGCCCUGGCCCUGCUGCAGGUAUUUGCCCAGCCCGUUGCUCCACGCCACCUUGGUUCCCAGCUUCCCCAUCCCGUGCUUCCUUCCCUCCACAGGAAGUGUUUAUUGUGCACACAUUUCUAAGCAUGGGAAUUAAAGGGUGACAAAAAGCAGCCCAGCAGGUCUCCACUGCAAAUCUGUUGUGUUUGCUCUGGUAGCUGUGUGACUCGGGGCAGGUCUCUGACCCUCUCUGAGCCUGUCACCUCACUUAUAAACCAGACAUGGGAGUGACAGAGCACUCACCUGGUGACAUGGAGCACUCAUACUGUGAAAAAGAGACCAAAACAAAGAUCAGGGGCUGGGGUGUAUCUCAUGGGAAGAGCACUCUCUGCCUGUGCUGGGCCCUGGGUUU